UUGUACACACAUGUUGAUUGGUGUUCCUAGCACCUGAAGAAAAGAGAGGAAUGUUAUGUAGGAAGGUCAGUGGCCAUUAACAGACUAAACCAAGAGACCAUAAAAUGUUUUCAAUGCCACACGUUUGUGUAAUUUAUCCUUCAGUUGAUAAACAAAUGCCAUGUACAGUAAUUUCGCUUUUGCAAAUGAUAACUGUACUGCUGCCAUAGAAGUAUGAUAUGAUAAUUAUUGUAGAAGUAAAAAUAACACCUUUUUUUACACUCAGGCUACUUACUCGGAUAUUAUGUAAGACAUUGGUGUGAUGUAAACUCCUCCAAUCCAGUUAAACAGGCUAGGAAUCAAGAAACACCUAAGUUCUUACCUAGACGUUACCUAAUGAAAAGCCAUAUAAGGAGACAGAGAGAUCUCAUACAACCUGGGGAAGAGAGGAGAAUGCAGAUCAUGUCAGGACACUACUGAACUCUAUAAAGCAUCUAAUCAAACCAAGAUAUAAGGUCGGAUGAAAUGAUGCUGCAACCAUCUUGUCUUGUGGGUUUCAUCACUUUGUGGUUUUCACUUGAACUAGCAUGUAAAGCUUCAAUGACUACUCCAGGCACAUUUUUCCCAUUACCUACAAAUUUGAAAAUACUUUUAUAUCCAGGGAUCAUCAAUGUGACAUGGGACUGCAAUAUAACAAAAUCUAUGGAAGAACAUACUUAUACAAUUGAGUUUCAACAUGAUAUAAUAGAAAACAUAAAUAUUUCCAAAUGUUUCCAUGAGCAUUUUGUUACGGAUCACUUGGAUUUUACACUUUACAAUGGAUUGGAGUUAAAUAUUUCAUCUGGCAGUGAGUGGAAAUUUGAAAAAGCCAUACCUGAAGGGAAUAGCAACACUGCUGCAGAGAAUCUUGACUGUAAGGUUUAUAAUGUUUCUCUUAUUAAUUGUUCAUGGACUGUUGGUAGAGAAGCCCCUAAAGAUACUCAAUACGCCUUGGCUUUCAGGGAAACUCCACACGAAAGUCAAAUACUAAAUCCAAAGCAGAACCGUUUGUAUGUACCAUGCAAAGACUACAGAACAGAUUCCUUUGGAAGACAAGUGGGAUGUGUUUUGAGAGCUCAAAAUAUUAGUUUCAAUGUGAGCAUUUAUGUACAACUGGUGGGAUCAAGUAAUGAAACUUCAAUCCAGUUCUUUGAUGAAAAGAUUAAACUGGAUCAUUUUGUAAUUUUAGAUCCUCCAAGAAAUAUUCACAUGAAUUUUAGUUCAACUGAGCUUGAAAUUAUAUGGGAGACCCCAGAAACCCACAGCAAUAUAGAAAACCAUUGCUUCAUAUACAGUGUUAAAAUAAACGGGGAUAUUAAAGAUGAUAUAGAGGGAUAUUCUUACAAAACAAGUAAUUUGCAUUUAAAUGAAAAAGUUACCGUCUCUUUGAGAGCAAAAUGGGCAGAUUUCUGCUCAGAAAUUUACAAUUGGAGUAGAUGGAGUGAUCCACACAUAAAAGGCAAGUAAUAUUACUGCAAAUUGUUUAACGAUUUACAAUUGGUUAACAUUUGUACCAACAUGUUCAUUACCAAUAUGUUCUGUGUUUGGAAUAACGGUAAGAUCUGAACCAACUCUGCUAGCCCAUAAUGCACACACCAUUAGAUUAAUUGAUAAAGCAGAUAACAUUCCUUUCACAAACCUCUGGUGAAGAAUCCAUGCCCAUUCAUGCCCAUGUGUUUUAUGUUUCAAUACUUUUUGUUAAAGUUUUGCAAUACAA